AUGGCUGAAAGAAGUCUAAGUAAUUACACUCGUGAUACAUCGGCGCAUCACUCCUCGAAAAGGUCAUCCAAGUAUAAAGAGUACCAACCAAAAUUUACCCCAGCUAUUCCUCUACCAUCGUCAGAAUGUUUCCAAUUAGACUAUAUAUUAAAUAAUGUCUUAGCCAAAGAAAGCGAACAAGUAAGCUCGGACCUAUUACAGGUUGCUUUGAAUUUUCAAAAUGAUUUACGUAAGGAGAUCAAGUAUAAAUUACUGAUUGAACAGAGAAUUCAAUUUAAAAACAUUGAAAUUGCCAAAACUGCCAGUGGGUUGAAUAAAACCAUUUUGGAAAGGAAAAAAAAGCUACAUAAAUGCAUACUGAAUUCGAAAAAUGACCACAUUGAUUCCAAUAUGAUUGAUUCUGAAGUCAAUCAAUUACUAAAAACCACCAGUGAAACAAGUCAUAAGGUGAAAAGUUUGAUAAGUAGGUUGACUGAUUUGGAUAGGAAAUUGCGUGGGGAAAACAAAGAUACUUUGGUUACGACGAAGAAAGAAAUUUAUCCCAACUUGUAUCGAUUAAUGAAUAAACAGGAAAUACAGGAAGAUGAAGAUAUUGAAACACACAAUGUGACAGCACCUUAUGAAAGCUAUUUUGACUCGAAUCACGUUUCCACCAGCAAAAGUAGCAAUACCAUACAGGAUUCACAAAGUGCGAUUAAUCCAACUGCUGAAGUAGAUACUUCUGAUAUAGUUAUCGCACAAGAACUACAUCCAGAAACAACGCCCGUGACAAGCUCACUGGUUUUAUUGAACUCGUUGCAUUCAAUUUCGAAUUUGAACCAGGAAGAAACUGAAAAGGAAAAUGGAUUUAGAGAUAUCAAUAACGAGGAAUAUCUUGAUCCAGUACAGUUUGAAUUGUUUAUGAAGUCAAGUAUAGCAAAGUAUCGAAAGUCACAAAACAAGAAACAUCUUGAUCCGUUCAAAAACAUUGCUACGAGUGAAACCAAUCUGCAGACCAAAAGUCAAGCAUCCAACCCGUUAACAUUAUUAUACUCACAGCUUAUAUCCAAUCCCAAGUACAUUGACUCCCAGAGAAAUGGACAGUAUCCGUUUUCUAAUAUUGUAACGAUUAAAUCAUCUGCUACUACUAAACUGACUGAACUGAUUUCCCAUCACAAGAAAUUGCGUAUCAAUGGGGCACCUAUCACUUCAGAGAGUCUACGAAAAAAUAGAGAGAAAUGCAAAUGUUCCGUAGCAGAUGAGGAGACUUCAAACGUAACACUUGAGGAUGCAUUAUUGGAGCAGUUGAACAUCAGUGAUCAUGACUUGGAUGGUGAUGAGGUUUGGAAUAGUUCAGAAUUAAACUCUGAGGAAGACGACUGCAGUGAGGAAAACACUGUGGAUGAGCUACUUUCAUCUGAAUCAUCCGAUCUGGAUUCGUCAUCGAUAGAUGAACACUCUCCAAUUAAUUCAACCAACCAAUACUAUAACAACUUCAAAUCAGAUUUGAAACAGAAGAAAAGGGAAAAACUAUCUAAACGGAAAGUUACUGCCACAGCACAUAGCAAAAGAAAGAAUAGGCGGUCUAUAUCGUUAGAUACAAGGGAGUUGUCUCCUACUCCAAAACACGUACCGUCACAUCGAAUUUUGAAACCGAAAAGGUCGAUUUUGAAGUCUAAUUCCAAUAAUACUCAAAGAUUCUCAAAGGAAAACUCACCGUUCCGAAAAGCUGGCUUUGUUACCGAUCAAUUGGAUGAUAUACUAUCUGAAGAAGUGAGCGCCUUAUCAGAAGUAAAUAAUGCAUAUGGCUCGAAAACAGAUAACAAGACAACCAAUUUCACUGUCCAGGGAACAAUUAUUCCUAUCAAGAUCGAUAAACCUAGUGAUGAAGACAAUGAGGAGGAUACCUCAAGAGAAGGGAUCAAACACAUGAAUUCCUUAUCACUUCUCAGGAAUUAUGUGCUGUGA